GGCAAUAACACACGUUGUUUUGCAUCGUCUUUUGCACAGCUUCCUGUUUAUCGGUGGUUACCGUUGAAUAUAGAACACUUUGGACUCACUACAGGUUCACAGCUUUAUUUCAACAUGCACAAACAUUACUAGGACAUCGGGUAGCAGCAAUUGAGACAGUGGGAGAUCAUGGAAAUGUUGGAGAAUAUCUAUACCAAUAUUGACAGCAUUUUUGACGGUGACCCCUUUGGCAGAAGGGCAGCAAACAGAGACGAGGAUAUCAACGAAGAUAGCAUCAUCUUCCAAGACUCAAGAGAUGCGGCCGAGGACGAUGACACCUGUAUGGGCAGACCAGCAGCUAACCCCUCAGGUUCUAAGAGCUUAGGUAGGAGACCCUCCAGAGCUGGUGCUGUGUGUUGGGGGCUGCUUUGUGUUCUCCUACUGGAUGGGAUCAUCAGGCUAGGCUUCUACCGCAAUACAGUCAUGAAUAGUUCUAAAGACAAGUUGACAAAAGAGAAGAACCAGCUAGAGACCAGCAACAACAACCUGACUACAGAGAGAGACCAGCUACAGACCAGCUACAAAAACAUGACUAAGAAAAGAAACCAGCUACAGGUCAGUUACAACAAACUGCGUGCAAAGAGUGGCCAGCUACAGACCAGCUACAACACCAUGACCAAGGAAAGAGACCAGCUACAGACCAGCUACAACACCAUGACCAAGGAGAGAGACCAACUACAAACCAGUUACAAUAACCUUGCUGAGGAAAUUGACCAGUUGAAGACGGAGAGAGAAUUGCUUCGGAAGAGGUUAUCUGGCCUAAAACGAGCUGGGCCUAAAGGCUGGACGCUGUUUCAGUCCACUUGGUAUUACAUCUCCUCUGAGGUAAAAUCCUGGGAUGAGAGCAGAAAGGACUGCAUUGAGAGAGGAGCAGACCUGGUGAUCAUAAAUAGCAAAUAGGAGCAGACAUUUCUCACUAAUCUGAACAAGAGGAUCUGGAUUGGCCUGACUGAUAAAGACAAAGAGGGGACCUGGAAAUGGGUGGAUGGAACUCCACUGACCACAACCUACUGGAUGGGCAAAAAUCCUGAUAACAAAAUGGAGGAAG